GCGGCCGUUGGAGAUGCCCUAACCAGCUCACCUCAGCACCACCGCCACCCGUCGCCGCCGAUCUCCUCCGUACCGUGGCGGCGCUGAAGGCCAUCUGGGUGCGCCAGGCCGAGGAAGCAAAGCUCAAGUCCGAGGCCGACACCACCGCCGCCAAGGCCACCUUCCGCGUCCUCUCCGUGUCCGCCCACACCGACCAGCCGCCCAAGGACCCCGAGCCCUCCUCCCCUGCCCAGCCCGCCUCCUUCCCCGCCCUUUGCGCUGCCUCCUCCAACUCCGACUCAGACAUACGACGACGACCGUCCCCGCACCCCGCACCCCGCUGGGUCCCUUCGACCCUGUCAAGUCCUCGGCCGCCAGCUCGGGAAUCGCCGGUGGCUCCGCGGCGAGCCGGCCACCUUCACCGUCGUCGGUAAAGACCUCGAUGGGCGCCGGGUCACCUACGGUGGCGCGCGCGUGUCCGCCUCUACCCCGCGUAUAACGGGGUAACUCCGACCUCGAGGGCGUCGUCAGGGUCCGAGGGACAACGCCGACAGCACCUACUCCGUGAGCUACGUGGUCCCCAGGCGCGGCAACUACAUAGUCUACGUCGACCUCGACGGUGCGCCCCUGCGCCCAUCAUGGGCAGCCCCUUCCCAGUCUUCUUUAGCGCUGCCUCCACCACCACGACCUCCUCCGCCUCUGCGUACCCCAACAUGGUCACCGAGACCAUGCCCAGCAUGCCCAAUUACACAGAUUUCUUAACCUCGGGCGCCUUCCCCAGCCUGCUCGGCCUCGUCCCCAGCUCCUCCACUGGCGCGUCCGGUGAGGUCAUCCUGCUUGGCGUCGGCCCCUUGCUUGGGGAGAUUUGUCGGGAGCACAUCAGCGGCAAAUGCAGGCUCCAGGUCUGCAUCCUCCUUUCCUGAUUUUGCUACUCAAAAUGAGGAAAUCAAAGAAAUUGCAAAGCACUAUAAUGCAGAUGUUGGCUUCAGGAUAUUCCAUGAACGUGUUUUACUCCCUGACACUCACGUGAGACAAAGUUAUUUACUCUCCGCAUUGGUGUGUUCCAAAUACAAAACAGUUAAGCUAGACAUUGACCUCACCAUCUUCACCAGACAACCAAAAUAAAAAUGAUAUCCAAUCAGACAGUGAAGAUUAUAUGGCUGAUUUUUUGCUUUGUGCAUGCUAGGUGGUGAACUAUUAUUUGUGCCUGAAGAGAGUGUAUUUUUCUUGUUAACAGAUACUCAUUUGUAUUUCUCAUAAUAAAUAGAUCUUUCAAAUUUCCUAUCAGUAAAGAAAUGAAUAUGGCUGUCAUAUGUCCAUUUGAGCACUUGCCACCAAGUGUCAGUACGUUGCUAAAGGCAAUUCGGUACUGUCUAAGAAAAUAAUAUUCAGUGUUGACUAGUUUAGCCGAAUAGGGCAGUAGGUUCCGAAGUUCGGUGAACAUCAGAGUCCUAUACAUGUUGGUUUUAAUGAAACUAACUAUGAGAGAUUGCCCUCUAUAAUUGGUUGCCUUGAUUUGUCCAAGCAAUAAUAGUAGUACUAAUGAUAACAAAUCCAUGUACAUGUCAAAUCAUGGGCCAUGUGCAUGAAGCUAAGUAACCAUAGGUAGAACACCAGGUUACAGAAAUCAAAGUCAACUAAUAGAAACAACUGGGGCAACAAUAUAUGAUAAAUUGCUGCGUCUGUGCUGCCACUCAUUCUAGAAGUACUGUGUGUUAUGUUCACACACAACAAGACCCUAUAGCGCUUUAAAAAAAAAACACAAGAUCCUAUAGCUAGGAAGUGCUAUUAAAAAAUGCAGAGAAUGGUUUAGCCUUCUGGAGUCGGUUCAUGUGUUUGUACUAUCUUCGCUCACACCAAAGCAAAUGAUUACAUAGGUAUUUGGUCAAAUUGUCCACCAACAAUCAGCAGUAUAUGUAUGCAUAUCUGAAUCAUUAAGGACAAUAUGGUCUGUAAGACUUGUCAUCAUAAUUUUCUUGCAGAUUAAUUUACCAUCUACUUUUCUCUGUUUUAUUGAGAAGUCUAUAAUUUUUUUAUUGAAAUAUGCUUCCUUUA